AUGAUGGAGACCCGCUGGCUCCCGCGGUGUGGCCACGCGGGCGAAAGCAAACAGGUGAACGCCCGCGGCGUCGGGAGGCAGGGCCGCGGUGCGCUCGGCCGGGGGCCCGAGGCCCGAGUCUUUUCCGGAGGGCGAAGGCUCCGCGGUCCUCUCCGAGGCCGGGGCAGGCUGCAGCCGCAGGAGGCGGCGGGGG